UCCAGGUGCCAAGCCCUAGAGUCCUGAACCCAGAAACCGCCCGAGAAAGGAACCUUUUUCUUUCUUCUUCAUCUUUCUCCCUGUGAUUCCUUCGUAUACCUUUUCAGUUGUUCUUUGCGUUGUUUCAAGUGCUGCUGGCAAGAUUUACCCGAUGGAAGAAGCAUUUAGGAGACUGAAUGGCAUCACUCAUGUGCCUGAUCCUGACCCGCGAGACUCCAUCACGGGCAAUCCAAAGAAGUGCGCCGCCGCAACCACAACCGCUUCCACCGUUACCCCCACGACAACCACCACCACCACCACCACCACCACAACACUAACAACAAACAAGAGGUCUCUCAAAGAAAAUGGUGGCCCUGGAGGGACCAUGAGGUACCGUGGUGUCCGCCGCAGGCCGUGGGGCCGUUACGCUGCUGAGAUACGAGACCCACAGUCCAAGGAGAGGCGGUGGCUUGGCACUUUUGACACAGCCGAGGAGGCUGCGUGCGCCUACGACUGUGCGGCUCGAGCCAUGCGUGGAAUCAAGGCUCGAACCAAUUUCGUUUAUCCUGCGACUGAGCCGCACUCCGCCAACGACCAUUUUCUUCCUCCGUUCAACUUCACCAAGCAAUCACAGCCACCCAUCAGGGAUCUUAACACCACCCGUCAUCAGUUCGGGCACUCUUCUAAUUGGUCAUCGUUUGCUAACCCUCAUGUGGGGGACUUCUCCGGUGGGUCUGCGCCUCAAAGAAAUGCUUCUCUGAAUUUGCUUUUAUUACGUGACCUCUUGAAUUCGUCUUCAAAUUCUUCUCCACACGCGCCUCCUCAUUCUUUUGUAGAUCAGUUUCCAUUCAUAAAUGGAACUUCUUCUGCUUCUUCUUCUUCUACUACUAUCUCAACUCCAAGCUCUUUGCCUGGUGGUACUUUGUUGAAUUCCUCAACCAACGCUUCUCUACGGGCAAACGACAACAUGGCUGGUUCUUUCAUAGGCUCUACUAUGACUCUUCCUCUCAAAGGAAACAAUUCAAGCCAUACCACCGGUGUGCCUGCUAUGUCAACUUGUCAAGCUGAAUGUAUGGAAUUCUUCCCGCAGGAGCCUUCUGAUUCUGGCUUGUUGCAGGAGAUAAUUCAAGGGUUUUUACCAAAACCCAUGUCAAAGAAAUCUGAUGAUUUAGCUAGAAUCUCAAAUUGCGUCCAAGAUUCCGCUGUUCCACCGGUAUCUGAAAUGUCAUUCAGUCAGUCGCUGAGCGGGUUGAAGGAGAGUAAAAACGAGCAUUUAGGUUUUUAUAUUGAUUACCAGGGGGUUCCUCAUCAGCAGUUUGAGAGUUUCAAUGGAAUUACAGGUUCCCAAGUGGUGCCUUAUGGUAAUGAGGUGGCAGUGAACCAUCUACAGCUGGGUGAAGACUGCAUGUUGGAUGAUAUCUUUCAGUACCCAGAUUUACUGGGUGCCUUAGCAGCUAGGGUUCAAAAUGCUUGAGCCGGUCACAAUGGAAGUGUGAAAAUCAUCAAGUCAAGUUGUGGGUCUCUUUUGUUGACAUAAACUAGAUGCUGAGUUUAGCACUUUUGCAGUCUAAGUUCAAGUGAUUAGGUACUUUGAUGGAGAUUAAAAUCAUCAUGUUACCAAUUGGAAGCUUAACUUAUAUAGUUAUAUGAUA